AAUCUUCUUUUGUUACCCCAAAAGAAGAAAUUUAAACAGAGCUAUGGAAGCAAGACCAAUUGAAGCAGAGGAAGGGAGGGAAGUCAAGUUGAUCAAAUCACUUUUUGGGCUUGAAAAAUCGGAACAGGAGAUUUCCAAUGCUCUUACUCAAUGCCACAACGAUGUCACCCGAGCCAUCAAUUACCUCAUUGACACCCCUGGGAUUUUAUCGCCACCAGUUACAGUUAAGAGGACUGUUACAAGCACUGGUGCUAGGAUUUUAACCCAGAUUAAGCAGGAAAACAGCGAAGAAAUCAAAGGGUCUGCGGGUUUUGAUAAAGUGAUGGUGAAAAAGGAGGUGGAGAAUUUUGAUCAAUCUGAUGUGGGUUUUGAGAAAAAAGAGGUUUUGGAUGAAAAGAAAGUGAUUUCCGAUGGUAAAAUGUCGAAUGGAUUGGUAGGGAGAUCAAGAUUGAGCUUUGACGAGUGGCUACAAGAACAAGAAAAGAAUAAACCUUCUCAACUAUGCAGAGUGAAAGAGGAGCCAAAUGUGGUGGUUGAUGAUAAGGCUGUCGUGAGAUUGGAUGUGGCUAAGAUGGAAAAUGAGAAUAAAGGGAUGGUGAAAAAGGAGGUGGAAAAGAUAAUGUGUGUUCAACCGUUGUCUACUUGGCGAAUGUCUGAUGAUGAGUUCCGGAGGGUUCAAAUGAGUGCUAAUGGUAAUGAUACUGGGCAGUCAUUGGUGGCGAAGAAGGACAAGGUUGAGGAUAGAAUGCUGAGCACAACUCUGAUUGAAGAUGGGGAUUUUCCAGAAGAGCCUGACUGGUUGUUGGUUGGGAGGCAUGUUAUCAUGGGGCUUUCGACUACUAAGGGAAGGAAACUUGAGAAUAAUGAGAUUGUGCACAUUGCAUUUCCUGACAGAAAUACUUCAUGGAUCAAGUCAGCCAUUGUUCGUUUUUCCACCAAAAGAAAUGGAGAGAUUGGCCGCCUUCCAAUGGAAUGGUCAAAAUGUCUCACUCCACUCGUAAAUUCUUCAAAAGUUAAAGUUUUUGGACGAUGUAUAGCCGCCCCUACAAAUCUUCACUUGAUGCAAGAGAUUAUGCUGUAUUUGAGUUUUUACAUUCAUCAUUCAGUCUUUACAGAAGGUGAUAAGUCUUCUUGGAAGCUUGAUGCUCCAUCAGAUAUUGACACCACGACAUAUCCUCUGUUGACUUUGUUUAAGUUGCUGAAAAUGAAGCCAUUUCAGGAGGCUGAAUUUACCCCAGAAGAACUAGACUCCCGUAAACGCUCGCUGAAGUUAGGAGAUGAUUAUGACGAAAGUGUGGCAAUGUUGCCUGCAUUAAAACGAAGAAAGGGUUGCCCGCAACUUCCGGAUCAAAACAAGGAUGAGCAAGCUAUUUCAGAAUCAUCUUUGAAUAAGCUUGUUGGUGCAGCAGAUACGUAUGACUUGAAGGAAAUGGAGCCCCCAGAAACCCUUAUCUGUGAUCUCAGACCGUACCAAAAGCAAGCCCUUUUUUGGAUGACAGAAUCUGAGAAGGGAGUAGAUGUUGAAGAAGCAGCAAAAACUCUUCAUCCUUGUUGGGGAGCAUAUCGUAUAUGUGAUGAGAGGGCUUCCGCAAUAUAUGUUAACAUUUUCUCUGGGGAAGCUACAACACGACUUCCAACAGCAACACAGAUGGCAAGAGGAGGGAUCUUGGCAGAUGCAAUGGGGCUUGGGAAAACUGUGAUGACUAUUGCUCUGAUUCUUGCAAGGCGAGGCAGAGGUACCCCCGAGGAUCAAGAAUCGAUUGCCAAAAGUGAGGGUGAUACAGAGUACAUCAAGAAAAAGAAAAAGGAAUCUGAUCACAAAGUUAUUAGAAAAGUGAAAGGUGGCACCCUCAUUAUUUGUCCUAUGGCGUUGCUUGGCCAGUGGAAGGAUGAACUUGAAACACACUCAAAGCCAGAUAGUAUCUCCAUUUCUGUCUUUUAUGGUGGGGAUAGGAGCAGUGACCAUAGAGUGAUUGCUGAACCUGACGUGAUCUUGACCACAUACGGUGUCUUAACGGCAGCUUAUAAGAAUGAUGGGGAGAAUAGCAUUUUCCACAGGGUUGACUGGUACAGAGUGGUUUUGGAUGAAGCUCAUACCAUCAAGUCCUCUAAAACUCUAGGUGCCCAGGCUGCCUUCAAAUUGUCAUCCUAUUGCAGGUGGUGUCUUACUGGUACCCCUCUUCAGAACAAGUUGGAAGACCUUUAUAGCCUACUUUGCUUCUUGCAUGUUGAACCAUGGUGCAACUGGGCCUGGUGGCAAAAACUGAUUCAGAAGCCAUAUGAGAGUGGUGAUUAUAGAGGGAUGAAACUGAUCAAGGCUAUUUUGAGGCCACUAAUGCUGAGGAGAACAAAGGAUUCAAAAGACAAAGAAGGAAGGCCUAUACUGGUUCUGCCCCCGACGGAUAUCAAAAUUAUAGAGUGUGAACAAUCAGAAGCUGAGCAUGAUUUCUAUGAUGCCCUCUUUAGGAGAUCUAAGGUUCAAUUUGACCAGUUUGUAGCACAAGGCAAAGUUCUUCACAACUAUGCAAACAUCCUUGAGUUGUUACUUCGAUUAAGGCAAUGUUGCAACCACCCCUUUCUUGUGAUGAGCCGGAGUGAUACACAAGAAUUUGCAGACCUGAAUAAGCUUGCUAGAAGGUUCCUUGACACAAAUCCUGAUUCUGCAACUCAGAAGAUCCCUUCUAGAGCAUAUGUUGAGGAGGUUGUUGAAGGUAUUCGGAAAGGUGAAAAUGCAGAGUGCCCCAUAUGCCUGGAGUCUGCAGAUGACCCUGUGCUCACACCAUGCGCACAUAGAAUGUGCAGAGAAUGUCUUCUGUCAAGCUGGCGAUCUCCAACAGCUGGGGCAUGCCCAAUUUGCAGGCAAGUGUUUAAAAAGACUGAGAUAAUCACCUGUCCGUCUGAGAAUCGGUUCAGAGUUGAUGUUGAGAAGAACUGGAAGGAGUCUUCAAAGGUCUCAAAGGUCUUGGAUUGCUUGGAACGGCUAAGGAAGUCAGGUUCUGGGGAGAAAAGCAUCGUUUUUAGCCAGUGGACCUCAUUUCUAGACUUGUUGGAGAUACCUUUGAAAAGGAGAAGAAUUGGGUUCUUGAGAUUUGAUGGAAGAUUGUCUCAGAAGCAGAGAGAAAUCGUUUUGAGGGAGUUCAAUGAAACUGGAGAGAAGAUGGUGUUACUGAUGUCACUGAAAGCAGGUGGCGUAGGCCUCAAUUUAACUGCAGCUUCUAAUGUGUUUCUUAUGGAUCCAUGGUGGAAUCCUGCAGUGGAGGAGCAAGCAAUCAUGCGUAUCCACCGCAUUGGUCAAAAGAGGACCGUUCGAGUUAGAAGAUUUAUAGUCAAGGGGACGGUGGAAGAACGGUUGCAACAAGUCCAAGCUAGGAAACAAAGAAUGAUCGCCGGAGCCCUCACCGACGAGGAAGUCCGGUCGGCGAGGAUCGAAGAACUCAAGAUGCUCUUCCGUUGAAUAGUUGUCUUAAACCUUAAUUUUGUGAAUACAGUACAAGUACUACUACUACUGCUAAUCAUGGAAGGGAAUCAAAUCAAAUUAUGCUAUGCUAGAAUUAAAUAGAGGGCUAGAAGACUUUUCUUCUUGGCAUGAAAAAAGCCAAUUUCACGGCCUCAAAUUUUGUUAAAAAAAGUCCAAGAUUAGCAGCAAUACAUUCUUGAUUUGAUUCUCCC